CCUAAUCGGGUGACACCAACGAUGACGAGUCGAGCGCCAACCGGCAAAUUCUUCGACAAAUUCUCGGACAGCGACAGCGAGUCCACCGAAUCGGAAGACGAUAACUUGCAGCAGAAGCCGACCGUCGCCGCCUAUUCGUUCAGCGAUGACGACGAAGACGUGAAACGUGUGGUGCGUUCGGCGCGCGAUAAGCGCUACGAAGAGAUCCAGACGAUCAUCAAACAGAUCCGCAAUCACAAGAAGAUUAAGGAUAUAUCGAAAAUGUUGACCGGAUUCGAGAAUCUGAGCGAAUCCUUUGAAAAGGCGAAGAAUGUGAUCGAUAAGGAAGAGUCUGGAGUGACGCCUAAGUUCUACGUCAAGUGUUUGGUAGAGUUGGAGGACUUCGUGAACGAGGUUUGGGAGGACCGCAAGAAUCUCAACAAAAACAACUCGAAAUCGUUGUCAACGUUGAGACAGCGGUUCAAGAAGUAUAUCAAAGACAGCAAAGAGAGUAAAUACAACUUCGAGGCCGACAUCACUGCCUUCCGCGAGAAUCCCGAAGAGUUCGAUGAGGAGAAGGAGCCCGAGUCGGGCGAUGACGACGACGAAGACAGCGGCUCCGACAGCGACGUUGGCUUUGUGUCCACUCGACAGCGCCAGACAUCGAAAGGAGAGGCGGACGACGACGAGUCUGAGGCGAAGAAAGGCGAUCCGAGCGAUAAGUUUAAGUCAAAGUUCUUGAAGGGCGGCGACGAUGACGACGACGAGUCGGACGAUGAGAGCGAUUGGCCGUCAGAUAGUGAGGACAGUUCGUCGUCGAGCGAUGACGAGAAAUACGGCGACAAUUUGGCCGCGAAAUUCUUGAAGAAAGAGGGAGAAGGGAAGGAGUAUAAGAAGCGCGAGAAGAAGGUUAAAGAGCCCAAGAUUAGCAAACGGCGCGCCGAUGAAGACGCCGACGGAGAGGGCGAGUGGGAAAAGGUUAAGGGAGGCGUCGCCUCCUCCGAGAAGCCCAAGAUGUUCGCCAAAGACGCCGAAAUCAAUCAUCAGGUGAUGAUCAAGAAGUUGGUCGAAGUGUUGUCAAUGCGGGGCAAGAAGCGCAUCGAUCGCACGGAUCAGAUCGAAAUGCUGACUGAACUGAUGGCCAUUUCAGAGCAGCACUCGUUGGGACCGGCGCUGUCCGUGAAGAUCCUAUACGGUAUUAUAUCGUCGCUCUAUGACUACAACGCGAACAUCAAUACGUGUAUGAAAUACGAAAUGUGGGAAAAGUGUUUGGAAACGGCCGAACAGGUGCUGGAAGUGCUUGUGGCCAAUCCGGACGUGUCGGUCGGCGAGAACAUUGCCGAAGAGUCGGAACAGUACGUGUCGGCGCCCUAUAGAGUCCACGGAUGUAUUCUGACACUCAUUGAACGUAUGGACGAAGAGUUCACAAAAAUGCUUCAGGGAUGCGAUGCUCACUCACCCGAGUAUAUCGAGCGCCUCAAAGACGAGACCCGUGUCUGCGCUAUCAUUGAACGCCUUCAGUCAUACCUCGAGAUCGCCGGCAGAGGAAACGCCAGCGAAUUGUGUCGCAUAUAUAUCCUUCGUAUCGAUCACUUGUACUACAAGUUUGACGCAAAGGUCUUCAAGAAGAAGGAGUUGCUGAAGAAGAAGGCGGAAGAGGAGGCUAAUAAAGAAUUGAACGGAGAGUUUAAGAAGGUUGAGAUUGUUAUCGCUGACCAAUCGGGUGAACCCAUCACUGCUCCACAAACCGAGGAAGAGUUGAUCACAUCGAUGGACAUAUUGAACCAGUUGUGCAAAUAUAUCUAUUCCCGAGAUAUAACCGAUAGAAUACGAACGCAGGCUAUACUGUGCCAUAUCUAUCAUCACGCCCUCCACGACAACUGGUUUGAGGCCAGGGAUCUAAUGCUGAUGUCGUAUCUGCAGCACAACAUCAAUAAGUCGGACAUUCCGUUACAGAUUAUGUACAACAGAGCACUCGUUCAGUUGGGUUUGUGUGCCUUCAGACACGGAACCAUUAGAGACGCCCACACGGCUCUACUCGACAUCCAGAUCCAGGGCCGCGCCAAAGAACUGCUCGCACAGGGACUCCUUCCGCGACAGAACGAGCGAACGCCAGAGCAGGAGAAGCUGGAGAAGCGCCGACAGAUCCCAUUCCACAAACACAUCAAUUUAGAGCUCUUGGAGUGCGUGUAUUUGGUGUCUGCGAUGCUUCUGGAGAUACCGGACGUGGCGUCCAAUGAGUUCAGCGUCAGGAAGAAGAUGAUCAGCCGUUCCUUCUAUAACCAGUUGCGCAAAAACGAAGAGCAGCCGCUCGUAGGGCUCCCGGAGUCGAUGCGCGAGCACGUGGUCGCCGCCUCGAAGGUGAUGCGAGUCGGCAAUUGGCGCCAAUGCCAGGAGUAUAUCAUCAACGAUAAGAUGAACGGCAAAGUGUGGAAUCUGUUCUACCAGUCGGACAAAGUCCGCGAAAUGUUGGCCCAAAAGAUACGCGAAGAGUCGCUUCGGGCCUAUUUGUUCACCUAUUCAUACGUUUAUGACUCCAUUUCCAUACAAUUGUUGUCCGAAAUGUUUGAUUUGGAGGCGACUGUCGUCCACAGUAUUAUCAGCAAAAUGAUUAUCAACGAAGAGCUGAUGGCAUCGCUGGACGAACCGACUCAGACCGCUAUUAUGCACCGAACAGAGCCGUCGCGUAUUCAAGGACUGGCCCUCCAGUGCGCCGAGAAAAUCAAUUCAUUGGUCGAACACAACGAACGGCUUUGGGAGAUGAAGCAGAUGCCGGUCCAUCAGUACCAGUUGACCGGCGGUAGGGAUUACAACCAGAACAGGCCGUACAGGAACUAUAGGGACAGGGAUGGACACCACGAUAGGGGCGGAUAUCAAGACCGCAACCAAUACAGACGGGGAUCGCAUCGACACGACCGACGCGGCGGCGGAGAGCACAGGGAAUACAAUAGAGACAAUCGCAACAAUAGAGACCAUCACAACAACAGGGAUCACAAUAGGGAUAGAGAGUAA